AUGCUGGCACUGCCCGCCGUCAUCGCCAUAGCCGCUUGCGGCGCCGCCAUCUUCAUUGCCCUCUCGGUAGUCGGCAUCGUUGUUUGGGUCAGGUAUCGUAAAGAGCGCCAUGCAAUGAGGCUGAUGGGCUUUACGCAGAGGCCCGGACGACGCAGUCGAGCCUUGCAAUCUUACCCGGUGGAUACCUUGACUGAGUUGAGCCGGGCAGAAGGGAGCAUAUUAAGAGCGCAUGGGCAGCUUCCAUAUGGCAAACCAUCAGAAUGGGGACAAUUAACGUCAAGAGAGAGUCUGGAUCAUCUGAAAAGCGAGUCGGUGGCAUCUAUUCCACUCGCUGAGAAAGCACGAUCUCUCCGCCAUUCCCUUUCUCGAUCUCGUUCCAAGCGCUUGUCACGAUCAUCCCACAAACGCAUGGGCUCGUUGGGUACAUUGGGUACAUUGAGUGAAUCAAAUCAACUUCCCAGUCCACCAUCUAAAGCGAGAAUAUCAAUAUCAAAAGAAGACGUCCCACUUUCGGCUGUCGAGGGGGUUUUGGAAUUGCCAGCAGAGAGGACUCCAACACAAACACCAGAUCCCAACGAAGAUGAUACUGGAUUCCAUCUAGGUAUGAAACCAGUUUCACCUGGAUGGCCCUUCCCAUUACGGGAUCGGUCCAGCCUCUUUCCUGUUUCAGAGGACCGUAACUCGUCUGUGUUUGAUUCAAAUACUGAAGAGUCUCCUACUCGUCUGCGUGGAGGAAGUAUUGCUAGUCAAACAGCCGGGAUUAUGCCCGGUCAUUCGAUACCUCCCCCUCCUCCCCCGGCUGCAUUUCCCCCCGACAGAUUUAGUUAUGCUAGGAAUGACUCUGUGAUGAGACUUUCCUCCAUGAGUCUGGAUACUACCAAUAGCUCAAUUUUGGAUGAAGGGAGGAAUGGUCCUAGGUCCGCUGAUACUGAUAUGACCUCACCCACUUUCCCCUCAGGCACCUCUGUACCUUUCAGUGCUGCCGACGUUGGGGUCAAAGAUGGUCGGAGGAGUUUCAUUGCCACCAACACCUCCAUCCCCCCUAUGCAUAACUUCCCUGUCCGCUCCUAUUCGACAACUGAAACUCGUCAUAAAUCUGCAUCCUUGUCACCUCGGCGAAGUUUGACCACUCACCACUCUGGUGCUUCCAUCGAUCGAUUUGGUGGUGCUCCACGUCGAACUGAUUCCAUGUCUUCAACUAAUCCCCCUUCACGACAUCCCUCUCGGCGAUCUGGAACUCCCGUGGGGCGUUUAGGAUAUCAACAUUCAGCCCCGUCCUGGCGAUCCUCGGGCUCUCACAUGCCAUCUGGACCACAUGGCAAUCAAUAUCAAAACAGUACAGGCUACGAAAGUGACGAAAUGGAGAAUGACCCCUUCUACGUUGGCUCGCCGGGGGGUGGGACUCUAUUCCACCCGGUUAGAUCACCAGGAAACGCAGGCAAUGCUGCUAAGCCACCAAGCCCGAUGCAGCGUAGCAGUCUCUCUCAAAAAGGCAAUCUUACCUCUGCACUAAAGGGUGGAAAUCCCCAACGCAAGGGCCACCGACGUCAAAACUGUGUUCGUAUUUCUAUCCAUCCACCCAUGACAUUUGGGUCAUCGACAUUCUCUCCUACCGUCGAAGAGGAACCAGAAGACUUCGACAAGAUGGAGGAGCUCGAUCUACGUGAGACUUCAAUCAACAACCCGACUAAACUCUUGCCUUCGUGGCCACCAACUACUGCGUCUCCUCUAUCCUCCUCCAGGCGCAGCAAGUAUGGCAGUCGACAUGGCAAGCCUGGCCUUGGAUCUCUCGGGCCGCUAGUCGAGGAGCCUCUACCUCCAAUGUACGAUGACAGUCCUUGCAAGAAGAGAAACCGUGCUCCAUCUACCGUGGGUGCCAAUAAGCCCACAUUCGGAAACAACCGCGCUCUUCCUGAGCUGUUCACAUCUCUCCCCAUGUCUCACGGCAGCUCUCUCACCCACACUCCAUCCCCCGAAAGAACACCACCUGUCUGGGAAAUGUCCAAAACUCCAUUUGCAUCCCACGAGAACUCCCCUGCCAUCGGUAGCCCACGACGUUCAGCGGUAAAGGGGCCUCGCAAACAACCCGGAGUCAUGCCAACUCGAAGACAGUCGACUUGCGGGCCCUUAACCUCGCAGAAUGCACCAGAGAGUCCCUUGGCCUCUCCCAACCGCCUCCCUCUUGUCAUGAGUAUCACCGGAACAGAAGGUAGUGACUGGCGUAGAUCCACAGACUCACUCCAACGUGCAAAAACCGAUGCUCCAAAUCCCUCAUUCCGCCGUGAUCGUGUUUCAAUUUCCAGUCUGGACAACGGGCUAGGUCCCAUUGGCGAUUCUUCACUCCAUGGCACCCGCCGGUCCUCAAUGGUUCAAGAUCAUGUCACUAUCUUUGAGGAUUCUAACCAAACCACCUCCCCUCCUCAAUCCUUAGUUCAGCCCCCAAUUGGGUCAUUCCGCACGCCCGAAUCCUCCCCCAUCCGUAGCAAGAACAAUAUCCCCCGUUCCAUGCCAACCAACCAACAAUUCCCGCCUCAUAUGUCGAGCCACAAUGCACCCCCGACUCCUACUUCCCCCGUCGAGGGAUGA